AACCGGGACAAAGGUCGGCCGUAUAAUAAGUCUAUAAGACAUAAAUGCAUUCUCCGGUUUAAGUCAAAAACUGUAUGAUAACGACACAAUCCUUCUCCGGUUUAGCUCAGCUUUGACCUAAACCCCCCCCUCCAUGACGUCAUCACAGUUGACAAUUUCAAUCUAGUUCUUCUUUUGUCUUCACUUUCUCAGAAAUUUCAGACACAGCACAUAUAAAACCAAGAGAAUUCUCUGUUUAGCAUUUUUACAAAUAAAUGGAAAAAGGUUCCAACAGCAACAAGUCCACAAAGUUCUCGAAGAUGCUUCAAAGAGCUUUAUCAAUCGGUCACAGUGCGGCACCGUUUAGUCCAGGAAGAGAUUUUCAUCAGCACCGUAUGACCUCGACGGUGAACAGAGGAAUUUUCUUCUCCAGUCCGUUGGUUCCCACGGCGGCUAGAGUUAGGAGAAGAACCAAAAACGAAUCCGUUUUUGCGGAACCCACUUCGCCUAAAGUCUCCUGCAUCGGCCAGGUCAAACUCAAUAAGCCCAAAUGUUCAUCGGAGAAGAGAAACAAAGAACCUAAUAACAAUCUCAAAACGGCGUCGUCUUUGUCUUCUUGUGUCACUAUUAAAGAAGAAGACAAAGGAAACUUUUCGAAACUAAAACGUCUCUUCUCUACGAAAAGCUUUUUGUGGAGAAAAUCCAACUCCAACUCCACCCCCACCGCCUUCGCCACGACGAGUGAAUAUCCGGCUGCGGCGGUCGAACCGGUCCCGGCGGUGGAUGCGCCUUCGUUAGGUAAAAUGAAGAAAUUCUCGAGCAGUAGAGGAGCUCUCGGCGGAUUCGAUUGGACGGCGGAGAUGAAACGUCAAGAAUCUCAAUCGAAUCUCACGAUUCCAUGCUCUGUGAGUAUGCCUCUGACUCCGUUAGAGGGUUUGAGUCUGUGUCCGAAACCCAAGAGUGAAGUUAAUCUGUGGAAGAGAAGAACCAUGGAUCGACCAAAAGCACUUCAAGUUAACUAAAAGCUAUUUUUUCUUGAAUUUUCUUCGUUUGCUUUUUUCUAUGUGUAUAUUUGUUUUUAUGUGUCUGGAAUUUUGUGUCUACCACGAUGAUGAUACUCGUUACGACGUAUACUCAAGUCUGAAUGUUGUGAAUAGACAGAAAACAAAAAGAAAAGAAAUAUUACAACGUGUGUAUAGAUCAACACGAUUUUUGUUUUUGCUUCUCUAGACUUAUUAUUAAUCGCAAUCUUUCUUUUUGCCCAGAUAUGAUAAGGUGAUAUUGGAAAACUA